AUGUCAUCCAGCAAUAAUUCCGAUCAAGUUUCAAUGAAUUCCACAAAUUCUACUUCAUCAGCUCCAAUAACUCCAACUCAAUCAUCCUCAUCAUCAUCAACUGCAAGUUCAACUUCCUGGACUUCAUUUUUGAAAUCUAUCGCUUCAUUUAAUGGUGAUUUAUCAUCAUUAACAGCACCUCCUUUUAUAUUGUCACCUACAUCAUUAGUAGAAUAUUCUCAAUACUGGGCAGAACAUCCAGAUUUAUUAAUUGCUGCAAAUAAAUUAACAAGUAAUCCAGAUAAUUCAUCAUCAGAAGUUAUUGAAGCAAUGUCUUUAAAAAGAAUGAUUGCAGUUACAAAAUGGUUUAUAUCAACAUUAAAAUCUCAAUAUUGUUCAAGAAAUGAAAGUAUGGGUAGUGAAAAAAAACCAUUAAAUCCAUUUUUGGGGGAAGUAUUUGUUGGUAAAUGGGAACAUGAUGAUGACAUUGGAGAAACUUUAUUAUUAAGUGAACAAGUCUCACAUCAUCCACCUGUUACAGCUUAUGCUAUUAAAAAUACCAAAAAUAAUAUUACAUUACAAGGUUAUAAUGGUAUUACAUCAAGUAUUUCUACUACAUCAAUAAAUAUAAAACAAUAUGGUCAUGCACUUUUAGAUUAUAAUGAUUUAAAUGAAAGUUAUUUAGUCACUUUACCACCAUUACAUAUCGAAGGAUUAAUAACAGCAGCUCCAUUUGUUGAAUUAGAAGGUACAUCAUAUAUACAAGCAUCUAAUGGUUAUUAUACAGUAAUAGAAUAUAGUGGUAGAGGCUGGGUUUCAGGUAAAAAAAAUUCAUUUAAAGCAAGAAUUUAUCGUGAUUUUUUUUCAAGUUCACAUAAGGAAAACGCGUUAGUUACAAUAAAUGGUCAAUGGUCAGGAAAAUCAUAUAUUGGAAAAGGAAGUUCAACUCCACAUUCAAAAACUUCAGAUUUAUUUUAUGAUGCAAAUUCAAUUAAAUCAGAAAAAUUAACAGUUAAACCAAUUGAAGAACAAUUGCCAUUUGAAUCAAGAAAAGCAUGGUCAAAAGUAGCAGAAGCAAUUAAAAAAUCAGAUUAUAAUUUAAUUCAUCAAGAAAAAUCAAAAAUUGAAAAUGAACAAAGAGAAUUAAGAAAAGAAGAAGCUGAAAAGGGAAUAAAAUGGUCAACAAGAUGGUUUGAUCAAUUAGAUUAUAAUGAUUUACCUUCAAAUAAAGAUAGAGAUGCAAAUUUACAACCAACUGAUGAAUUUAUUAAUUUAACUAAUCAAGCUAAUUUAUCUAUACAUAAUGCUCCAUCUGGUACUUUAAAAAAAUCAAAAUAUGAUCAUGGUGAUUCAAAACAUUGGAGAUUUAAUUUGGAAAAAUUUAAAGAAAAUGAAAUCAAAAUAUAA